UUCACUCAUUCAUUUCAUUCGUUGCUGAGCAGUGGUGGAAGACAGACGUGGAUUUUCUUUCGUCGUUCGUAUUUUCACAGCAAUCUCCAUUUUGGAUUUAUACAUUGAAGUGCUACGUGCCGAGAAGGAAAAAGUGAAAUUUAGCGAGGAAAAAGGUCGUUUAGUGCUUUCAAUUUGCGAUUAAUACGAGGUUGCGAUGGUCGGAUCGCGAGUUUACGUGGGAGGACUUCCCCAUGGCGUCCGGGAACGCGACUUGGAACGGUUCUUCAAGGGCUACGGCAGAACCCGGGACAUUUUGAUCAAAAACGGUUACGGAUUUGUGGAAUUCGAAGACUAUCGUGAUGCUGAUGAUGCAGUUUAUGAGCUGAACGGGAAGGAAAUUUUAGGCGAAAGAGUGACCGUUGAACCGGCUCGUGGAACAGCUCGUGGGGGCGGAUCGCGUCGUGAUCACGACCGGUAUGAUCGUUACGAUCGUCGCGGCGGUGGUGGACGUUAUGACAAAAAUAGAAGCAAUUCCAGGAACAGUUCCCGCUAUGGACCCCCGCUCCGGACCGAGUAUCGCUUGACUGUGGAGAACCUUUCGUCGCGCGUCAGCUGGCAGGCAACCCUCCUUACAUGAUCUGGGGUUUGCAGUGAAGAACACGAUUAACACUGACAGGAAGAGCCAUGAGCACGUAGAGAGCAACCACGCGAUGAUGAUGAUGAUGAUCGUGGGCAUUAUCCGUAGACCGGUCAAAUCGGAUUCCAAAUUCUGGCAGUCUUCCUCCUAUCCUUGAGGCGAGACCCGAGUGGACCUAGGACUCACUAAGUCAACCCUAGCAAUGGUAGUCUUAUCAACGUUUAUCACUGGCAGGGCAAAACCAGACGAGAGGGCAAUUUCGCCAGUCGAUUUGAGCAAUUUGAGUUUCCAAUCAUCAUCCGUGGUUCGGAGGUCGUUCCCUAUUUCGGCUAGUAGAGUGGACAAACCCGGUGAAACCGUAUCAAACGCAUCACGUGAUCAACCCCAGACAAGGAGUGGCCUAAGUUCCGUUACCGAUCCAUUGAGCACAUUGGCACCUUCCGCGCGGCUAUCGAACCUGCGAUGGUCCAUUUUCGAUACAGAGGGAGAUGUUCUUCGUCAGACAAAACCUACGCAAAGUACAAAACCCUUUUUCUCAAUUUAUAGCCUUGCCAAAACUGUAUCAUUUCUAUUAAUUUUUCUAAAUUUUCAAAUUAAAUUUAAAGAUUUAACCAUUACACUACUGAUGCGCCCGCCACACGGUCUCAGAGGAAGAAGCUUGAGAGCGAGGGAGAGAGGGAGAGAAUCAAGUUGAGGUCACCCCAUACAAAGAGCUAGAGACUGAUGAGGGACAUUCCAGAGAGAGAGAGAGAGAGUCAGGGCUAAGGCCAGUGCCAAAGCCAAUCUUAAGUUCAUCUCUUCCGCGUAGCGACACGAGUGCCUAAUUCCGAUGAUGUCUUGAUCGACCCCCCAACUGAGCGAGAGUGAGCCCCCUCCGGGACACCGUAGCCCCAACACCCGAUGGACUGUCAUCGCAGCUCGGGCAUCCUUGCGAGCCGUCCAAAAUGCUAGCGAUCAACGAAACUUGUUUUACCUAAUUUCUUUUAAAUCACAUACUAGUUUAGCUCAUUUCUGGUUUUUGGUACCACCGGUUGUUCGUUUGUGGGGACAUCCGCUAACGAAGAAAUGGAGCCAAACGUCGAUCGUUUACCCCCUUUCCGCUGUUUGGAAUUCGACCGUCCCGAGACGUGUGUACCGAACAGCAGCUUGACGAAGUUCUCCGAUUGGUCGUCCGCAUUGGUUGAGGCACAGAUUACUUCUUCUACCACCUAAGCAAGCACACUGAGCCCGAGUGAUGAGCGCGCAGAAGACACAGAAAGAGAGGGAGAGAGAGAAAGAGAGACAGACUGACAAUCAGACCACGAGUGGCCACAUUUCCUUCUAGGGUUCCUUUCUAGAGUGAGCGACGCACGUGCAAGACAGUCCCACGCUAGAGCGCGCAGUUUGUGUGUGUGUCCUGGCCAAAAGGUAAAGGUCGAUUUUCAUUCACUUUCAUUAGAUACAUUUCUUUUGUCUAAACAAAUCAGUUAAAGAAACAGCUAAAAGACCCAGUGAUUCACCGUGAAACUAACUUUUGUGCAUCGCUUUUUUGUUUGAACUGUUGUCGGUAAGAGAAAGAAACGUACGAAAAGGCAGGAAUCAUGUCAUAAUGAAAAGAAUCAAUGGGAAUGCUAGACGAUGGAAGAAAUCCUCCACUCCUGAUGAAAUGGCCCGAUGAUCGGGCGGAUCUGGAAGUAUAAAACCCGAUGAGAUGGAUCUUGGAAGUUUUGUCGAUCAAAAUGCCGCACUAAGUUGUAGUUGACGAGACGCCCAAAUCGAGAGCGAGAAUGAAAGAGCAUUACAUGAGAGAUCCUACACCGACCGAAGAGAUACCGAAGUUCUCCAACGAUCUACAAGUGAUCGUGUCACCCGAACUAGAAAAAGAGAGAUAGAGAGAGUAACAAAAAUGCCAAUCCCCCAAAGUGUACCUCUCAUCAUGAAUAAUUCCAACGAUCGAACCGAAGAUGCACACGAAUGAUUAACGUGAGAUCGAAACCGAAUCCGUCCAAUUCGAAGUGAUGA